UCCACUGGUUCAAGUAAUUUGGAGACAUCAUUCUAGAGCGGAGACAACUUGGGAGCUAGAAGAGGAAAUGAAAAAGGUGUAUCCUCGUCUUUUCAUCGAAUAGAGGUACGAUAAAUUUAGAGGACUAAAAUUUUCUUUUAAGGGGGGGAGAGUGUAACACCCCUCAUUUCCGAAUGUUCGUAUAAAUUUUUGAGGAUAAUGUAAGCAUCUAUUUUAAUUGACAAAAGAAAUAGAGUAUGGAUUAGAGGUAACUUAUUUUUAAGAUUUGGGAGAUCUGUUCAAAAAAAAAAAAAAAGAAUCUGAGGACCUAUAUGUAAACCCUAAGGACCUAAUCGUGAAUAUGAUAAAUACAAGGACUAAUCUGCAAAAUGCACCAAAUGACAAAUCCCACCGCUUAAGCUUCUCUGCCUUCGUUCUUAAGGAAGCAAAGAAGGCAGCUCGUGGGUGAUCAGGGAAAGAAAGAAAGAAUGAAGAAGAAGAAGAAGAAGAGAAACAAAAAUUGGGGCUUUUGGGGUUCUUGUUUUAAUCUUUUCACUUCGGGUCAAAAUUUUCAAAGGCAACGAGGAUGACGAGAUCAUCUGAUUCUCUUGUUGCAUCUACUGCUGAUCAAUUGAGUGGUAUUAUGCGGACUUUGGAGACUAUGGCACAAGUGAUGCAACAACAACAACAACCUGUCCAACAAGGAAAUAAUGAUUGGACAGAGACAUCAAACCAGACGGGGUUGGGAAUUGGACAUUUUAAGAAGCUUAGUCCUCCUAGUUUCAGUGGUGAGUCUGAUCCAAUGGUGGCGGAACGAUGGAUGAUGCAGAUAGAGAAAAUAUUUGAUGCCUUAAGUUACGCUGAUGAACGAAAGGUUUUUCUUGCCACCUUUAUGCUGGAAGGAGAAGCUGAACACUGGUGGAGAAUGAUUAAGAGGAUGUCUGAAAUCAAACAUGAGCCAAUGACUUGGAAGUUAUUCCAAGAAAAGUUUAACGACAAAUAUUUUUCAGAUUGCAUGAGAGAGCAAAAAGAAUUGGAGUUCUUGAAUCUUAUCCAGGGAAGUAUGACGGUUACAAAGUAUGAAUCUAAAUUCACUGAGCUCUCCAAGUUUGCCACACAUAUGACUGAUGAUGAAUCUAGAAAGGCAAGAAGGUUUGAAAGGGGAUUGCGGCCAGCAAUAAGAAGCCGAAUGUCAGCUUUAAAAUUACAAACAUAUGCUGAUACGGUGGAAAGAGCUUUGAAAAUUGAAAGAGACAUGGAGGAAAUUCAAGAAAUCAUUGGCAAGGACAAAAGGGACAAAUUUACUGGCAAAAGCAGGAGAGAAAAUGAAUAUGAAGCUAGUAACAAGAGGUUUAAGACAUCUGGAUUUGAGAAAAGGAAACCAUUGGGGAGAACUCAAUUAUGUGCAAAAUGCGGAUUAAAUCAUGAAACAAGUCGGUGUUUUCGGGUGACUGGAGCAUGUUUUGGUUGUGGAAAGCUAGGUCAUCAAAUAAGAGAUUGCCCACUGAACAGGAAGAAAGAGCCACUGUCUCCUAGACCCUCAGUCCAUGCUAGAGUGUACGCUAUCACUGAACAAGAUUCUAAAGCUUCUAAAUUAGUGGUGGAAGGUAUUCUUCAUGUUUCUAAAAGAAAUGCAAAAGUUUUGUUUGAUCCCGGCUCCAACUUAUCUUUUGUUUCACAAUACUUUGCUUGUCACUUGGAUAUUCUACCUAAACCCCUGGAUUAUAUGUUAUAUGUAACAACUGCUGUUGGAGAUUCAUUGGCAACAAACUUGGUCUACCCAUCUUGUUUGAUCUCUAUUGGAGACCACGAACUCCUUUCCUAUUGCAAGCUUUCUAAUCUUUCCUAUUGCAAGUGUCUUGAUCUUUCCUUACCGCAAUUUUACCGUUACAUUUGUUUUGAAUAUGAGGAACUUUGAAUUGUUCUAGCCUUUCAUUUGAUAUAUCUCCUGUUUAGACGUAACGAUUCGAAUCUAUGCAACUUCUGAUAUUCUGACCCUUCUACUUUGUUAUGGCUAUAACUUCAUGUAUUGACCUCUGAUUUGGACAAAACUUAUUUGAUCAGAAUAUAGACUCAUAAACCUUUGUUUUGAUAGCUUAUUUUAAGAAUUCGGAGUAAGUGUGUCUUCCCAAACUUCUGUUUCAAAUGAGCCUACAGAUUCUGCAAAACAGGGAUCGUAAUUU